CGCCGAUUCGGAUCUACCAAGCACACCCUCAAAAGUCGCACGUUCGGGCAGCACGCAAGAAAACAAACCGCUCACAAGAAAAUAAGACGUCACCUUUGAGUCUUCGCUCUUCAAUUCCGCCCCUUUGCCAGCUGCAAACCUUUGGAAUCUGCCACCGCUUCGUAUCACUCUCAUUCUUUCGCAUACACAUCCAUCUCUCCAGCAGGACUCGAGGUCAGGCUCAGUCUAACGACAACACGCGCAUACACACAUGUCUGUAACGGGUUCCUCGACUCUCAACGGUAGCAUCCCCGAGUCGGCCACAGGGGCCACCGGCUCGGCUUCCGAUGCAGCCACCAAUCCCAGGCCCAUGCAAGCUUCGGAGAUUGGCUGGCUCUUCGUUCCUCAGUAUUACACCUUCUUGAAUCACAACCCGCAAAGACUUCAUUGCUUUUACAACAAGCGGUCGACCCUCAUUCACGGCACGGAGCAGGAAGACACCAAGCCGUGCUUUGGUCAACAGGAAAUUCACCAAAAGCUUCUUUCUCUCGGUUUUGAGGACUGCAAGGUUUUCGUUUCGACCGUCGACUCGCAAAGCUCUGCAGAUGGCGGAAUCUUGGUCCAAGUCCUUGGUGAAAUGUCCAACAAGGGCGAACCAUGGCGUAAAUUUGCCCAGACUUUCUUCUUGGCUGAGCAGCCCAACGGCUACUUUGUCCUCAAUGACAUUUUCCGCUUCCUGAAGGAAGAGGAGGAGGUCGAAGAGGAGGCUGCGCAAGUCGAUGGGGCCAUCGAGGAGGAAAUUGAGCAGGCCGAGAAAGCUGGUACGACCGUUCCGCAUCAGGUCGACAUCUCCGCCGUCGCCCAGCCAGGUGCCACCCCGAACGUCAAGUCGGUUGCUGCUGCCGAUUCUUCUGCGCGUGCGAUCGCAGCAGCUCCCACCGACACGAGUGUUGCACCCGCCGGUCCGGUGCAGGAUGCUCAGGCCAAUGGCAUCCUCAAGCCGCAGGAGCCAACGCCAGCAGAGCCAAAGGAGAUUGGUGUUGACAAGAAGGUGACAUCGGUCGACGCCGGAGAUGUCGCUCCCUCGCAGCCCGCUGGAGUUGCUGCUGCUGCCGAAGCCGCCGCCCAGCCUUCUGCUCCCAAGAGUCAGGCUGCCGAGCCCACCCCAGCUGCCUCGGCCGCGGCAGCUGAGACAUCCAGCAAGGAAGGCGCGCAAUCGACUAGCAAGCCAGUUCCAGCUCAAAACGGGUCGACCCCGGCCGCAGCGCCUGCGGCGCCCUCGGCUCCCAAGACAUGGGCCAACCUCGCUGCUUCCAAUGUGAACAAGUGGGGUUCCACGGUCAGCGCAGAGGCUCGCGGCGUUUCUUCUGCGAGCCCCUCCACUACACCAUCGCAGCAGUCUUCGUCGCGUCAGCAGCAAAGUCAGCAGCAACAGCAGAACCACUCGAGCUCCAAUGGCCAUGGUACCGGACUCACGGCGCAGCAGGUGGCUCAGAUCCAAAACCCAGGCAUCUUUGUCAAGAAUGUGCUCUCUGACAAGGUUUCGGAGGCAGACUUGCGAAACGCUCUCGAGACGCUGUUUGGCCCAAUGAAGGAGUGCCAGGCUAUUCCCAGCAAAGCAUGCGCCUUCGGCGAGUUUGUGUCGGUUGAGGCGGCCAGAAAGGCGAUCACAAUGAGUCUGCCCACUAGCGCCGGUGGCGAGGGGGGCGUUCCCGUCGGUAACUCUGGCUGGACCGUGACCGUAGAGGAGAAGAAGAAGACCGGCGAGCGACCUCAUAGCCAGAGGACUGGAGGGCGCGGCGGCAGCAGCGCCCAGGGAGGGCAGGAAAGGAGUAACAGCGGCUUCCGAGGUGGUCGCGGUGGCGGACGAGGUUCCGGCCGUGGUGGACGCAGCGGUGGAGGCGCAGGUGGUGCUGCCAGCAGCGGCCCCUAGACGGAGAGGCCGAGGACACCACUACUUGCUUCACAAGAAGACACACACAGUUCCUUCUCCCCUGAUUGCCACGAAUGAGUCAAGACAAAAGAGGACUAUUGACCUCAAAGCCAAAAUCUAGAAAUCACGUCGAUCUCCUCGCCUUCGUCUGGCAAGUCGGAGAUCAUUCAGUCACCUGUCCGCUCCAUUACUUUCCAAACCUCUUUAUCUCAAAUUCUUCUCUUUCCGUUCCCUCUCUUUUUCUUCUCUUCUUCUUCUCGUCCUUCCUCUCCUCUAACACCUUCCUCUCUCUAUCACUCACACCACACAUAUUCUUUCUUCUCCCCGUCAAUGUCACAACAAGCCACCAACAAUGUCAUCUAACCACCUACCCUCAUCUGAUCACAUAAAUGCAUGUUAACUGACAAGCAAC